CCUAUGCGAUUCAACCGAACUUUUGACCGCUUGAAAUUGUGUAUAAAUAAUGGCUGAUGGUGUUGAUACAGCAUCAGUUACCGCUUAAACGUGCAGUAAAGAAGUUUAUCUCAAAACCACUGGCAAAAUGAAAUUCUUGAUUCUUUGCUUAGCCAUCGCAAGCUGUGCUUCAGCUGCUUUGUUGCCAUUCAAGACCUAUACACCAACAACAUACCAUGCACCAACUACCUACCAUGCUCCAACUGUGUACCACGCACAACCAGUCGUACACCAUGCUGGCAGCGAAGCCACCGCUCCAGUCUUGAAAUCAAGCAGCGAUAUUAGCCCAGAUGGCCAAUACCAUUACGAAUACGAAACUGGUAACGGAAUCGCUGCUAAAGAAAGCGGACUCGCUGCCCAUACCGUUCAAGGAUCAUACAGCUACACUUCGCCAGACGGUACCCCAGUUCAAAUGACUUAUGUUGCUGAUGAAAAUGGUUUCCAACCAACCGGCUCACAUUUGCCAGUCGCUCCACCAGUGCCAGCAGCCAUUGCCCGUGCACUCGAAUACAUUGCAGCUCAUCCAUACCAUGAAGAACAACACCAUGUUGCCCGUGUCAUCCCAGUCACAGUGAAACCAGCUUACACCCCAUUCCGUUUCCAAAAAUUCUAAGCUCAAUCGAUUUGAUACCCAUGGACAUGCAAUAAAAAAAAACUUCAACCUGAAAA